AUGAAGGGUGCACGUUGCAUUGCCGGCCGAGCCACGACCUGCUCGAAAGCACACCGCGAAGGCGACCCGGAUGCCGUGUUUGCCGUCCAGGAUUCAGGGCAAUACCCGGAGCGCGAUGACGAGGGCGGGUUGCUCCGUGAAGCGACAGGCAAGGGUGCGGUCCGUGCGGCCCGGUACUAUUACUACGAAGCCGUUCGGCAAGCGGCACUGUUCCGCGUCUCCAACCAAGCCGGCAGCGAUGUGUUACCAAACCGGGUGCACCGGCGCGUCAUCCUUUUCGACUACGGGAUUCCUAUCUACAGAGCGGCCUCUCGACAGGCGCUGCUCGGCGCGCUGGUUGACUGCAUCGAGGGACACGAGUCGCUGCGGCAAAAAGCCGGCCUCCUCCACUGGGACAUCUCUAUCGGUAACGUCAUGGUGGGGGACGACAACCGGGGUUCUUAA